UCUAUCAUCAAAGAUGGCGGGAGCCUCCGACCCACUGGAGGACAUGCUCUUCAAUGAGGUAGACGAAAAAGCUGUAAGCGACUUAGUGGGCUCUUUGGAAUCGCAACUUGUCAGCCAAAAGACUUCGCCAACAUCAUAUUCCGAUAUCAAACGAGAAGGAUCUACGGGCACUGUCAGCCAGUUCUCAGGGAAACUGCGUGAUCAAGUGGGGUCUCUGGAGCCGCCACAACAAGGACACCCAAAAGCGGGGUUAAACCAGGAACCUAGUGCGAAUCAGGCAAUCUCCAAUAAGAUUAUCACCGCUUCUACCUCUUCCAUCGCAACUGGCGGCGUUAUAAACGCUGGUACCAAUUUACAAACACAUGGAUCUGCAUCUCACAAUAUUACCCCCGCACCACCAGGAUCGGUAACUUUGCCUGUUCAGCCAACUAACGUUAGCUUCAACAGAGGAACUGUUUUGGGUUCAGCCGGCACAUCGGCGGUGACAGCCCCUAAUCCAAACCUCACAACCACAACAACAACAACAUCCAUCAGGACUUCUUCGCCUGGACUACAGAGUUUUAACAGUAGCACCGGAGCGGUGAAGUUGGUGAACUCGCCAGCUGCUGCUCCACAAGUCGGGUCAGGCGGCAACACUGUUAUAAGUACUGUCAGUGCGAGCAACUCCAAUAUCAUUGUGUCUAUGGCUUCACAGCCUCCGUCUCUGCCAAACUAUCCUGUACCUCAAUCAGCUGUGGCUGGCGCUACUCCCACUAUCGCAUUACAAAGGCAUCCCAACCCCAUGGCCAAUGUAUCACAGAACGGAUUAAUAGACCCCAAGGUUUCUGCAGUGGUCACACAGGGUGGAGGUUCCCCAGGACCAACCACCUCUCAGGUCAUGAACCACAGCAGCACUCUUAUGCACACUAAAAUGGUGGCGACCAACCAGCCGGUCUCUGCUGGCCAGUCCGUAAUGCUUGGAGGUUCUCCCUCUCCCGUGGUUGUUAACUCACCAAUAAGCCAGGCACAGAGUGUGGUGAGUCCCACUCUCACACCCGGGGCGAAGCCGGCGGUUAAUGGGGUCGGUCAGCCCACAGUUACCGUGGUGCGGCCCCCUGGUGCCCCAAUGAUGGCCACCUCCGUACAGCAGCAGAGGCCUGGGCUGGUGGCGAGUCCCACUCGGACCGUGGCUCCACAGCUGGCCGUCAGACCGCCACCACAGACUACCAUUCAGUUGCCGCCUGGAUUUACCAUACCGCCUGGUAUGGUGCUGGUUCGUACUGACACGGGCCAGCUGGUGAUGGUACCUCAGCAGGUUCUUGCCCAGGCCCAAGCCAAGACCCAACAAGGCCAGGCUGCAGUCUCCAACAUCUCUCCCCGGCCGACCAUCCCUACCGCUGGAGCCACCAUCAGAGUUGGCCCUCCCAGCCAGGCCCCAGGUACAGCCCAGGCUGUUCGUCUGGCGUCUCCUGUCCAGGCCAGGAUGGUGCAGUCUCCUUCUCCCACCGGUCCUGCUAUACAGAAGGCCUUAACAGUGGCCCCAGCGGGUGCCUCUGUGUCAGUGAAGAUGAGCACCCCUCAGAAAGCUCAGACAGUGAUCACGGGAGGCCAGGCCCUCUCCAAGCCCGGUGCUGUACGGCCCACCAUAACACUAAACACUGCAGCUGCCAGUGCCUCCACAACCCCUACCACUGGAACGCCCCCAGUCUCCCAGGAAAUGCAAGAGAAUGUGAAGAAGUGCAAGAACUUCCUGGCCACCCUGAUCAAGUUGGCGUCUCACAACUCCCCAUCUCCAGACACAUCCAGGAACGUCAAGGCCCUUGUGCAAGAUCUUCUUGAUGCCAAGAUUGAGCCUGAGGAGUUCACCACACGUCUACAAGCAGAGCUGAAGUCCUCUCCACAGCCGUACCUCAUCCCCUUCCUCAAGAAAAGCCUCCCCGCCCUGCGGCUCUCACUGCUCAACAACCAGCAGUCUCUGCUGGCUUCCACCACCGCCUCCGCCCUGGCCGCAUCCAACGCCGCCGCCACCACCAUCAGGGCCCGGCUCCCCACCAUCGUCAGCCCGGCCAUGGGCAUCGCCCGGACACCCACCCCUGGCCUGGGCGUGAGAAGACCAGGGGUCCAGGGGGCCCAGAUCCGCAUGCCAAUGGUUAUCACUCCGACUGUACGGCCACAAGGCGCAGUUGCGAGAGCACCUACUAUUAUUGCAGGCAGAACUCCAGUUGGCAUUGGAGCCCAGGCCUCUGCCAAUCAGAAGAAGCUGAAUGAGCCUGGAGGGGGGACGUUCAGAGAUGACGAUGACAUCAACGACGUGGCGUCCAUGGCGGGGGUUAACCUAAACGAGGAGAAUGCCCGGAUCAUGGCCACUAACUCUGAGCUUGUGGGGACCAAGAUCCGCUCCUGUAAGGACGAGGCCUUUCUCCCGCCAGGCCUUCUGCACAAACGCAUCAUGGAGACCGCCAAGAAAUUUGGGGUGACUGAGAUCCCAGCUGAAGCAGUGAACUACAUCUCCCACGCUACCCAGGCCAGGCUGAGAUCAAUGCUGGAGAAAGUGUCCGUUAUCGCCCAGCACCGCACCGACGGGGGCAAGGAUGAGGUGUGGUAUGAGCCGUCUACAGACGUCAGAGCCCAGCUCCGUUUUUUUGAGCAGCUGGACAGGAUGGAGAAACAAAGGAAGGACGAGCAGGAGAGAGAGGUCCUACUCAAGGCUGCCAAGAGUCGAGCCAGACAGGAGGACCCGGAGCAAGCGCGGUUGAAGGCCAAAGCGAAGGAGAUGCAGCAGGCAGAGCAGGCCCAGAUUCGGCAGCGGGAGGCUAACCUCACUGCCUUGGCUGCCAUUGGUCCCCGCAAGAAACGCAAGAUGGACUCGCCAGGAAGCUCUACAUCGGGCGCAGAGGUUGCUUCGGGUUCAGGGGCCGGCUCUUCCACAGCUUCCUCCUCCCGCCAACAACUCCGACAGCGGAUCACUCGAGUCAACCUCAGGGACUUUAUCUUCUGCCUGGAGCAGGAGAGGGCCUCGUCCAGGUCCCUACUGCUCUAUAAGGCUCUCCUGAAGUAGUGGAGUCCCCCAGGGUCCAGUACUCGGCCCGUUGCAAAUCCAUACUGCUCUGUAAGGACCCUAAAGUAGGGAUAACUCUGUACUCUGCCCGUUAGGAAUAUGUGACAGGUUAAAUCUCCCCUUCGUCUCCUAACUCUACACUCUGCGCAUACACACUCAUUCCCGUAAUACACCAUCAUAUGUCUGUCCCCUUUUGUAACCUAAUGCCAAGCUACCCAGCGCCCACCCCAACGUUGCCCACUGAUUAUGUGGCCCCUUCAGAACGACACGAUGCUGGCGCUACUCUUUCACUUGUUUUUACAUGUCUAGUCUCGUUCAAUAGCUGAAUGCUUCGUAACGCUGAGAGCCUGGAAGCUGGCAUACAGGCACACAAUGCUGGUUUGUAACCAUGACUCCUACUAUGUACUGUACCUGAACAGGUGCCUUUCUGAGUCACUGUCCCCAGUCUGUUGUCAUUCUCAAACAAAAGAUUCAUGUCAGGCUUCUUGCAUUUUAGCCAAUUGCAUAGCAUGGACUGGAUUGUCAGUAGGAUUGUUUGGUCACCUGGUCAGGUUCUAUGCUCUCCAGAUGAAAAUUUCCACUGACCUUUCUGUGAAGGAAGGAACUUUCAAAAUGAAAGGUAGUGUUUGCAUUUUAGGUAGUGGACAUGUUCUGAGUUAGAGAAAAACAUCACAUUAUUAAGUUUUUUUUAAUUCAACACACACUAUAGGGAAUGUUUGAGAUAGAUGUCAGAUUAAAUGUACUGAGAGGACUGUGAUGCCUCCAUUUAAAACACAACCCAUAUCCAUAAAUACUUAUUUCAGAUCUGGAUUCAAUACUUUCAAAUAUUUGAGCUGCGCUCAGUUUAGUUUGCAUGGUUCAAAAUGGACUAAUGAAAUAGUCCCAUUUUAAUGCACCAAACUAAAUCAAGUGCACCUUUUUUUUUUAUACGUAUUGCAGUAUUACUGACUAGCAUGUCUGGUAGGUAUAAUGGCAGUAUAGGAAACAUCAGAAGAUUAUUAUUUGUAACUUCUUAUCAGUGAGCCAACUCUGAUAUUCUGUUCUAUUGUUCAUACAUGGACUCGCCUCCACUAAUACACAGAGUAUCUAAUUACCAAUAGCCAUUUAACAAUAUACAUCAAGUAUCAUUAAGACUCAACCUUAUCACAAAACACAGGGAGCUGGCUCUCUCAUACACUCACUCAGGCUAAUCAACAAUGCUAAUGAAAUGAAGAUGACAAGUGUUGUCGUAUUGAGCACCAUUCCUAUCAUUUUCUUCUGUAAACCUUAAAUUCCAUCCAGGACUUUUUAUUUACCUGGAAGUCACUUAGCACAGCUCAACAAAAUCUUAUGAGGGGAUAGUUCAGGAUUAUGGAUUCUUUCCUACUGGCCCGGACUCCGAUGAACUUCUCAAUGCCAUUUGUUUGUGUCUGCGCGCAGUUUAAUGGAAGUUGAAGAUAACGUGCGUAGCUUGCCACAGUUGCUGGUUACCCUUGGAUGGUAAAACCCAGCUCUGCUGGAAAACAGCUAAAGCUUGUGGGUUGGUCAUAGUAUGGUCGUAUAAAGUUAUACCUAGUAAUACAUUUUUAUGAAUCAGUUAAUGCUACUGUUUAAUGCUCCUAAAAAAACCUUGUCCUAUUGCCCCCAUCGGUCCAUAGAGAUAUAUAGAGAGCAUAACAAUGUAUCUGUCACAAAUCCCAAACUAUCCCUUCAAGAGCUUUGCUAUUUUAAUGCUGAUGAUUAACAUGUGUCACAGCAAUCUGUCAAAUAUUUUUCUAAUGCUAAUUGGAUACUACAGCUUCUUUAUUUUCUUUUGUCAAAAGCCCCUUUUUUCAGUUUGACUUUGGAAUGACUGAAGGUUUUUAAUGCUUUAAAUGUAUUUUUUACAGUAACAGGCAUUUGUUUGUAUAAUGCAUAGUUCUAAUUGAUAAAUAAAAUGAAGCUGUGGUGUGUGUAUAUUCAAGAGUCUGGGUCUUAGGCACCUAGCGAUGGUAUCAUCUGUUGAAGGACACAUUUUUGUGACUAUUUAUAUUUCCUACUGUCUGUGCAUUCAAACCUGGCGCAUUUCAGGCAAUGCAAUUUUACUAUUGUUUGUACCUUUGCAAAAAAAAAAAGAAAUAAAGUGAUUCAAAAGAA